AUGGCACAAGUACCAACCUCUGUUGACGCGACGACACCCACGAUCGAGGAGAGCUCGACUCCAAGUCUUAUUCAUAGCGACUCCAUAGACUCAUCAACGAUCAGUAAUACUCCUCUUUUAAAUUUAUCUGAAGCAACCAUUGAUGGUAAGAAGAAGCGGCAUAAACAAGAUCAAUCUCUAUCGGCUUGGAUGUGCCGAAUGUGGUUCGGACUUGGGCUUUUAUUAGUAUGGCCUAUUGCCUGGCUCUUUACUGUUCCUGUUUAUUUGGGUCAUAAAUAUUUCGGAUGGGACAAGAAGAAGACACUCCUUGGAAAGAUUUUCCGUGGAGCCACUGCUUCAGUAGUCAAAUCAAAUCCAUAUUGGAAACUUAAAACCAAAUUCACGGAUAAGAGCAAACUUCCAAAGUCUGAAAAGAAGAUGAUUUUUGUUUGCAACCAUCAAUCGAAUAUGGAUCCUUUUGUGCUUAUCAGUGGACCUUUACCAAUCGAGACCAAAUGGGUGUCAAAGAGCGAUUUGUUUUCAAUUCCUUUUGCUGGACGUAUGAUGAAACAAGCUGGUGACGUGCCAAUUGUCUUCAAAAGUAAGCAAAUGGAUGACAUGUCCACAGAUAGAGAUUCAGUCAAGACCUCAAUGAACAAACUUAAAGAACAUUUGAAAAAUGAUACUGCUGUAUUCUUCUUCCCAGAAGGCAGAAGAAACGACACUCCUGAUGAAUUGAGGGAGUGGAAGAAAGGAGCCUUUAUUAUGGCUCUUGAAACUGGAGCUGACAUAGUACCUAUUGGCUUGUAUGGAACAUUUUCAAUGUGGCCUGUCCAUGAUGCUUUACCAAAACCAGGUAAAGCUUGUAUUGUGGUUGGAACUCCAAUUAGUGUUACUGGAAUGACUUUGGAAAAAGAUGUUGAUACAUUGACAGAACAAACCAAGGUAGCUGUUAAUGAUUUAAUGUUGCAAGCUCGUGAAGAAUAUUUCAAGAUUGACGAUCCUGGAGCCGUUUUAAAAGCAAUUUCCAUUCAUCCUGGUUCUAUUUAUUACGCUCACAAAGAUUUGAAAUUUGACGAAGCAUUUGUGAUUAAGGCAGUAAAGGCAAACUUUAAGGUCCUUGAAUAUGCACCUAAACGAUUUAGAACCGUUCCUACACUUGUGGACUUGGUGGAAAAGGAAAGAAAACUGGAAAAGAGUCAUUUGAUAAAUCAAUUUAGAAGAAUCAUAGAGUCUCAAGUUUCCUCGCCACCGUUUACCACCUCCGUUCGACCAAUCUAUGGACUCAACGCAACGUUAACUGCUUCCAACAACACCGACACUGUCGUCACUCUCAAGACUAAAAGAAAAUCUAGUUCGGAUCCGACCUUGGCUUUGCAGCUUAACAUGACAAAGAGAAAGAAAUUAAAUGGACAUUCAGUUUGUCAUUGA